CGGAGAUCACAGACCACAAAAGGACACAGAAACAACAAAACCCCUCAGCUCCCAAGAAAAGGAAAGGAAAGAAGAGAAAAGAAAAUGUUACUACUGGAAAAAUCAAAUGUUCACACCGCAAUUCUUUGUUUGCUAUGAGUGACCACGAAUUGUAGAAAAUUUCACGCCUUCUCCGUCCCAUUUUUUCUUCGCAAAUUGCAAAAAAGCCACUGUAGUUUGAUAUCCAGUGGAAGUUGUCUGUGUAGUAGAUUGUAGUAUCAGAAUAGAGAGAGAAGCAGAGGAGUAGAGAUGGCGACGGCAAUUAGAACAGGGAUAACUACCCCGAGUGGGAUGAGCAUCAGCACGGCUGCUUCGCCAGCACCUUCUGCUUCUUCUUGCAAUCGGGUGGUGGCUUUUUUCAAGCCUCCGCCGUCUAGAAGUUCUUUUUUCGGUCAUGGAGUGGGAACUACAAGAUUUAUAGGGUUGCAACUCUCUCAUUCAACUCGAUGCUAUUACAGUGGUCAUGGUGGUGGUUCUCUUGGCUCUCAGAUGAACCUUUUUGACAGAUUUGCUAGAGUAGUUAAGUCCUAUGCAAAUGCAAUCAUAAGCUCAUUUGAAGAUCCAGAGAAGAUCUUGGAGCAGACUGUGCUUGAAAUGAACAAUGACUUAAUAAAGAUGAGGCAAGCUACAGCACAAGUAUUGGCUUCACAGAAGCAGUUAGAGAACAAAUAUAAAGCUGCACAGCAAGCAUCUGAGGAUUGGUAUCGAAGAGCACAGCUAGCACUUGGAAAAGGGGAUGAAGAUCUUGCUCGUGAGGCAUUGAAAAGGAGGAAGUCUUAUGCUGAUAAUGCAAGUGCUUUGAAAGCACAACUUGAUCAGCAGAAAGGAGUGGUUGAAAACCUUGUCUCAAACACACGGCUUUUAGAAAGCAAGAUACAGGAAGCAAAGUCAAAGAAGGACACUUUAAAAGCACGUGCUCAAUCUGCAAAGACUGCCAACAAAGUUAGUGAGAUGCUGGGGAACGUAAAUACAAGCAGUGCUCUGUCAGCAUUUGAAAGAAUGGAGGAAAAAGUCAUGGCAUUGGAAUCUCAAGCAGAAGCACUCAAUCAGCUAACAAGUGACGAGCUUGAAGGGAAGUUUGCAUUGCUGGAGAGUUCUUCGGUUGAUGAUGAUCUCACCACAUUGAAGAAAGAGCUAUCUGGAAGCACAAAGAAAGGAGAUCUACCACCUGGAAGAACGCCUGUUACUACGGGUUCAAGUUCUUCAUUUCCGUUUCAAGAUUCUGAGAUUGAGAAAGAGCUGAAUGAACUGAGGAGAAAAGCCAAAGACUUCUAGUAAUACUUGGGUCUUUCAAAACGUUCUUCUGCAAUCAUCAUUUUAACCGUUUGAAUUCCAAGAUCUGGUUUUGGAAUAGGAAUCCUAUUCUGUGAAGUGAGCUCGAAUUUGGGGAGUGCAAAUGCAAAGGCAGGACCUCCAUCUGUUAAUUUAUGCCUGUUGUUCAUAUACAAGAAUUGACUGAUAUCUACAUGUAUAUUGACAUACAAGUACCCUCCAGUGCAAUAGCCAUCUACCAUAAUUUUUGCAGAUGAUAUAGUUAAAAUGCUCCUCUUAUGUUGCU